AUGAAGUUUGCGCAAUAUCUCGCCCUUCUUCCAUUUUGCCUGGCAAGCAGUAGCUAUUAUUUUGAUGGCUCUGCUACUAGUAACGGAGAUGGCACUCAAUCAAGUCCAUAUAAUACCUUGACUUCGAUCCCAAAUCUGUCACUCUCUCCCGGCGAUAACAUUCUACUCAAACGAGGCACCUCUUUUGUUGGUCCCCUGUUGCUUAACAAAAGUGGAUCCGCGGGAUCAGUUAUCACUGUCAGUGCCUAUGGAGAUGCCUCACAGUCAAAGCCGAUUGUUGGUGCAGGUACCACUUUGAACUCAGUUCUGAUUCAAGGAGCUUCCUUUGUCACUGUUCAAGAUCUCGACAUCACCAAUCCAGGAGACAAUAAAACACCUCGCCGUGGUGUAUAUGUGUAUGCGGCCGAUGUCGGCCGAGUCCAGGACAUUACACUACAACGUCUCUAUAUUCAUGAUGUACGAGGUUGGAUGCCCUCAACAACAACUACCGGUAUUGCUACGGGGAAGUACGCGAAUGCCUCCGGUGGCAUUGUGAUUGAGGCCGCUGGCUCAAAAACUCCAACUUAUUUCGAUGGCCUUGUCAUCCAAGAUAAUGAGAUUCGCUCGGUGGACCGACAGGGAAUCUACACCUGGAGUAAUUGGUGCCAGAGAGAGGAGCUUGCCGCUUUCUGGAAUACUCUAUGCCUCAAGCCAUGGGCGGCGUCCUCUGGAUUAGUUAUUCAACGGAAUCGUCUGUACGAUAUUGGUGGAGAUGGAAUCGUUAUCACGGGAAACAAUGAUGCUGAGGUCCUUAAGAACACUCUUGUUGGUUUUAAUCGGCGCUCCGAGUCCUACAACGCGGGACUAUGGACCGCAAACAGUGUUGGGUCUGUCUUCCGAUAUAACACUGUAUCAGGUGGCAAAUCAACACUUGAUGGAAUGGCUUAUGAUGUGGACCAUUCGACCUCCGGUACUCUUUUCGAAUACAAUGUAUCCCACGACAAUGAGGGUGGAUUUUUCUUGUUUUGCCCUUACGAUAAGCCAAGUCAAAAUUUCACCAUCAGAUACAACCUGUCUGUCAAUGACCGGGCAAGAAUCUUCCAGAUUUGCGACGGAGGUCUUGUUGGUGGAAAGAUCUACAAAAACACCGUUUACAUUGGAGAUGGUCUCUCGCCCUAUAUCGUCACAGAAGCCACAGCCGCAACCCUUGAUAUCCAACUUACCAACAACAUCUUCAAGAAAGAUGGCUCUGGCGCGGCUAAGUGGGGGUUGAGUGAUACUAGCUUUAUUGUGAACAACAAUGCAUUCUAUGGCUCCAUCGACACUUACUCCAAGGCCACCAAUUCGCUCACUGAGGCUCCAGGUCUAGCCGCUCCUGGAUUGAGGGAUCCCAAGGCAUAUCAUCUCUUGACCGGUUAUCCCACCUUGGAUUCUGCAACUGCUGUAUCAGGUGAUGCGGACGUGGAUUUCUUCAAUAACCCCACAAGCGCGCACGCAAAUCGCGGUUUCUACUCUGGUGCUGGAACAAAGAUCCCGGCAUGGAUUAGUCGCUUCGAUGACUCGAGUCUAUCCGGCUGGACCGCCACAGGAACAGCCUCCAUUGUGGCAGAUCCAUCUGGUGGGCUAGGUAAAUCGCUUUCGCUCGCUUCUGGUGUUUCAAUUACCAGACCUAUCUCUCUCACUGUUCCGUUCCGUCUCAAUGUGAGAAUUUGGACUCCAGCUGGAACUGGCACAUUGCCAUCGGUGGAAAUCCAGGGGAUUUCGAAGUCUGCUACUGUGAAUUUUGCUGCUGGUACACCCUACAGACAAGGGGAAUGGCAGAUCCUGGAAAUCGCUUUCUCGGAUAGUGCUUCGACCGCCACUGUGGACGGAGAAUCUGUCACUUUGGGCUCUGCGACGCAAAGUGACAAGGUUACCACCGCGUCUGUCAAGAUCAAUGGUGGAUCGAGUGGUUUGAUUGUGGAUGAGAUAUUUGUUACGGCUGUUUGA